CUAGAAGAAGGAGGAGAGGCUGGGAGGCAGUGCGGCUGGGAGGUGCGGCCGGGAGAGGAGGCUGGGAGUAGAAGCUGGGAGGCGGAGAGACUGAGAGGAGGAGUAGGAGGAGAGGCUGGGCGGUGCGGCUGGGAAGGCGGUACGACUAAAAAGAAGACUUGCGCAACCCCGCAUUUAGGCAGCAGGGGUACGCGCCGGCUCACAGCAAUACAGGCACAGCAGCGCGCGCGGACGCACGCACGCACGCUCGCUCUCCCAAUGCACUCCUCCGCACAAUCGCACGCCACGUACUCGCACACUCACACGCGCGCACACACUCACACGCGCCCUGGCAGAGCGACGGUGGCCAGGGGAUCGGCAUCAUUGGGGAGAAAUCCGACCAUGGAAGGUCCGGCCAUGCGCUGCAAGGUGGUGGUGAUCGGGGACAGCCAGUGCGGGAAAACGGCACUGCUGCACGUGUUCGCUAAGGACAGCUACCCGCAGACGUACAUUCCCACGGUGUUUGAAAACUACACGGCAAGUUUUGAGAUCGAGAAACAGCGAAUCGAGCUCAACAUGUGGGACACGUCUGGGGCCCCCUACUACGACAACGUGCGUCCGCUCGCCUACCCGGACUCGGACGUCGUCCUCAUCUGCUACGACGUGGCUCGGCCGGAGACGCUGGACAGCGUGCUCAAGAAGUGGCGGGUGGAGAGCCACGAGUUUGGCGCAAGCACCAAAGUCCUGCUCAUCGGCUGCAAGGCUGACCUUCGCGCGGACCUGCAGACCUUGCUGGAGCUGUCCAAGCAGCGGUGCAUCCCUGUUACGCAGGAGCAGGGCGCAGCCGUGGCACGGCAGCUCGGGGCGGCCGCCUACGUGGAGUGCUCGGCGAAGCUGUCGGAGGACAGCGUGCGUGACGUCUUCCACAUGGCCACCCUGGCGGCGCUCGGCCGCCUGCCGCGCUACCUCGUCCGGCGCGGCCACUCGCGGCGCGAGACUGCGUCGGCCACCCGCACGCCCCCCUCGUCGCCGUGCGACGCCUCCGCAGUCGCCUCCGCAGUCGCCUCCGCCGCCGCCAUCUCCGCCUCCUCCGCGCCGCCCGCCGAGGGGCAGCGGGCGGCACGGCAUCCGCGCAAGGAGCGCGCCAAGAGCUGCGCGGUGAUGUGAGCCCCGCCGUGGACGGCGCCACGAGCGCCGCUGUCGCCACUUGCACCGGGAGUGCCCGGCGUCGCGGGCCGCGUGCCGCUGGCCACUGCCGCGACCGCCGCCCAAACUUCCCGAGACCGUUGCGAGCGAUUUUCUGUCGGCCCACCCGGGGAGCAAUUGAGUUUGUCGUUUAGCGUGGCCCCGGUGAGGGACGAGGGUAAACUUCCUCCUGCCACCCCCCCGGCCCCCUCUCCGUUUAAGAGUAUCACUGCUUGUGAUCGUGAAAAUACAACCAUCCCGAGAAUAACAAUGGCCUUGUUUGGAUAGAAUGUGCGCGGUGGUGGGGCAUCGUGCGUGCGUGCGCGCGAGCGCGCGAGCGAGGCAGGCGUUCCUAUCCUCCAAAAAACUCGGGAGUAGUUCUCCAAAGAUGGAGCGUGUCGCCGUGUUAUACAGCUGCCUUGAGAAGUCGUUUGUUUGGAUGGUUGAGAGUGUCGGGCACCUGGAGCCGGAGACUCCGGUAGUUGCAGGUCAAGGAGCGGACGCCAGCCUGAGCGGAGGACAUUCUGCGUGCGGUGCAGACUCGCAUCCCCCAUUAGGAACGGAAGAUUGCGGAAAGACACAAAACGUCAAAUCCGUGCGAAUGUGCGUCUGCUACUCUUGAAAAAAAAAGUGCAAUAGUUGAGACUGAAGGAAAUCACGAAUAACAGCAAGAGAAAAUUAAUCAGUCACGUGUCUUCAUGAGUUGUUGUGUAAUCUAUCACGAGCUACGUAACGGCAAAUGUAUCAGUAGCGGUAACUGUUUUUUGGCGUGGGUCACUGUGAUAACUCUCAUGCGAUGUGCUGUAAUUUGUAAUUUAUUUACGAAUCUGUAAACAAUUCGAAUUUGAAUUUUUUUGUUGAACACGUUGUUUCACCCUCUGGAAAGUAACAGUUUUGAUUACAGCAGAAGAAAAAUCAGCAUUCCGCGUUUUAUUUUCAGAAAGUUGUACGGCAUAUUGUUAUCUAAAAAAAACACACACACACAGCGUGACAUUUUUAUUUUCGGGUCGACGAACGUGUAAUAAGUGCUUUUUAUGUCUGUUAAAUGGUUUCUAAAUAAAUACUUAAUUUGCAA